CUGCCUGGCUUGGACCUUCUGGGUCGAGAUCCGUGGGAAUCCCUUGCAAAGAACGUGUCGAUUUGAUCUGAACUCAGAAUCUGAUUUCCGGAGACACCGGGUCCUGGUUGCUAGAUUGAGCCAAAUUGAACCAUGGUUCUUUGAAUAAGCCACAAAUGUACUGGCUUUGCACAGCCUGCUUAAUAAGCUACAAAUGAAUUGGCUUUGCAUAGCCUAAUAAGCCACAAAUGAACUGGCUUUGCAUAGCCUGCUUAAUAAGCCACAAAUGUACUGACUUUGCACAGUCUAAUAAGCCACAAAUGAUCUGACUUUGCACAGCCUAAUAAGCCACAAAUAAACUGGCUUUACAUAGCCUGCUUAAUAAGCCACAAAUGAGCUGGCUUUGCACAGCCUGGUAAUAAGCCACAAAUGAACUGGCUUAUGAUCACAUAAUCAAAGCCCCACCCACUUUGUCCAUGGCCACCAUCUUUCCUUCUUCUUUUCUUUGUAACAUGCCCCUCUUUCUUGGAUGCCCCUGUUUUGAAAAUCAAAACUUCUAACCUGACAUUCUUUAAGCCAGUUCUUAGCUGCAGCUCAGGUUCCUCUUGUCUCCAGUUACCUCUCUGGUUACAAGUCCUUAAGGCAAAAUCUUACCUGAGAAAAACCACCAGCACCUCUGCAAUGGCUGGCCCUCUUUUUCAAAUUUCUCCUUGGACGUUGCAACAGCUGUCUAAAUUCUGCAAUGCCUUCCUGCACCGUCUUCAUGUGCUCGUCCCACAUUCUUGCUGAUGACUGUGUUGGCAGCUAUAAAUCGGCUUGCACUUCAUCCUCUUAGCUUAUGGCAUACUCAGAUCCGGAAAGGCAGCAAAUUCUGAUUGCGGUGGAGAAACCUUGAGGCGAAAGAACAGACUUAAGAAAUCCUACAUGCUCGUGUGUAUUUGUGUGUUGGUUUUUAGACUUGAGGAGCCACAGAGCAGUUGAUCUCUGGGUUGGCAACGGGUCCUCAGCGGUGGGCCUCCUUCUGGACCAGCAAUGAUUCACAGCCUCUUCCUCAUCAACUCCUCUGGAGACAUUUUCCUAGAGAAACACUGGAAGAGCGUGAUCAGCCGUUCGGUUUGCGACUACUUCUUCGAGGCUCAAGAACGAGCUUCGGAGGCCGAAAAUGUGCCCCCGGUGAUCUCCACCCCUCACCAUUAUCUUCUGAGCGUGUAUCGACACAAGAUCUUCUUCGUGGCUGUGAUCCAAACAGAAGUGCCACCGCUUUUCGUCAUUGAGUUUCUUCACCGGGUGGUGGAUACAUUUCAGGAUUAUUUUGGAGUCUGCUCUGAGGCGGUCAUCAAGGACAACGUGGUGGUGGUCUAUGAAGUGCUCGAGGAGAUGCUGGACAAUGGCUUCCCCUUGGCUACAGAAUCCAAUAUUCUGAAGGAGCUGAUCAGACCACCGACAAUCCUCCGGACGGUUGUCAAUACAAUCACAGGAAGCACCAAUGUGGGAGAGCAGCUCCCCACAGGGCAGCUGUCCGUGGUGCCCUGGCGACGGACCAGCGUGAAGUACACCAACAACGAAGCCUACUUUGAUGUGAUUGAGGAAAUAGAUGCCAUCAUCGACAAAUCAGGUUCCACAAUUACAGCUGAAAUCCAAGGGGUGAUUGAUGCCUGCGUGAAACUGACUGGGAUGCCUGACCUCACUCUCUCCUUCAUGAACCCCAGAUUGCUGGAUGAUGUCAGCUUCCACCCCUGUGUGCGUUUCAAGCGGUGGGAAUCCGAACGCAUCCUGUCCUUCAUCCCCCCUGAUGGGAACUUCCGCUUGCUCUCUUAUCACGUCAGCGCUCAAAACUUAGUGGCCAUCCCCGUCUACGUGAAGCACAACAUCACCUUCCGAGACAGCAGCUCCCUCGGCCGCUUUGAGAUCACUGUGGGGCCCAAGCAGACCAUGGGGAAGACGGUGGAGGGGGUCCUGGUAACCAGCCAGAUGCCCAAAGGAGUGCUUAACAUGACCCUCACACCUUCACAGGGCACACACACGUUUGAUCCUGUCACAAAGCUCCUGACAUGGGACGUGGGGAAGAUUAAUCCUCAGAAGUUGCCCAGUUUGAAGGGGACGAUGAGUCUUCAGGCAGGGGCCUCCAAGCCUGACGAGAAUCCCACCAUUAACCUCCAGUUCAAAAUCCAGCAGUUGGCGAUCUCUGGUCUGAAGGUGAACCGCUUAGACAUGUACGGAGAGAAGUACAAGCCUUUCAAAGGGAUCAAGUACAUGACCAAGGCUGGGAAGUUUCAAGUCCGGACCUAAGACAGCUUCUGCCCAGGAGAAGACAUGGGAUUACUACUCCACCUCUGCUCUCCUCUUCCUCAUGGUUGCUUCUUGAUGUGACCCAUCUGGAUGUCUUCUGAGACAGGCUACUUUUCCCCCAGUUGGGCCAGCCCUUCUUCCUUCUCUAACCCUGAUGGCAACCAAGAGCAAAAAGGAGAAGUAGUAACUUCUCUUUGGGCUUGCUUUCAGCUUCAACAGAACGCUUCCCCCCCCCCCCCCGCUGGGUUCAUGGCCGGCUGGAGCUGCAGCAGAAGAGAUGUUGGAAAACACCAACAAGGGGAGGACGAAGGAUCUUCCUGCUUAUUGCAUGGGAUUGUGACUGGAGAAGAGUUCCAUGCCCAUGGAAGGUCCAGCUGAUGGGAGUCUUUCUCUCCCAACUUGUCUUCGCUCAACCUUUCUGAUUUAACUGUAUCCGUGUGGACGAAAACAGGAAAGAGACAGCUCCUUUCUUAGAAGGUUGCGGCGAUUUAGAAGAGUGUAAAGUGUAAAUUUGCUCAGCCUGGCUGUGGUCUAUGGAGGAUUUGCACGCUUGGUGACAGAGCUUGAGAAAUGAGGCCGUUCCAGAUGUAUGGAAGCAAAGUGGAAACGAAAAACACAAGCAUAUAUACUGUUAGAGCAUAGAAUCUGUUGUAGCAUUGGCUGCUAAAGAAACGGGGCAGGGGGGAGCACCGAUUUGGGCUGCGCGGGUGGGGUUUCCGGGCUGCUGCGUUUCCUCUUGCAUGUGCUUGCGUGUUGCACUUCCAGCUGAUCUCUGACAUGUGUUGCUGCUAUACUAAUAGAUCUGCUUUCCCCGGUCUGGUGCCCCCUGGCUGCCCGGCUGCGUGGCUGCUGUCCCUGGAUCUUCUCCUGCUGGAUCAGAAUGGCCGUACAACAGCUUUUCUCCAUGCCAGGCUAGGCCACAGGCUGUUGGUCCCUUUUUUGGUGCAACUUAGAGCUUCAGGGUGUUGCCCUUCUUAAGCCUGAGCUAAAUCCGAGCUGUGUGUGUGUUCCCAUUCUGAUCUGGACUCACCCCUCUUUGCAUGCCUCUGUUUUGUUUGUUGAGAGGAAAAACUGGAGACAAAUCCAAGCAUUUGGCAGCUCCUUUCUGGAAGGCCCUAAGCAUGCCUUGAAAAACUCCAGACCCAAGGAGGUGAGAUCUGCCAGUCAGGUUGGCAAAUGCACUCUCAGCAUGACGACUUUGCAACUUUCCUCUCCUCUCCUCCUCUCCCUCUCCCUUAAAGUGGGUGUGAGUUGGGAUGCUGUUGCAGGGCAGGAAGAAAAUUACGGCCCGGCUAUUGCAAGGGGGGUGUGCCUGCCUGCCUACUUGUAGCAGCAGGAUUAUUUUUUAAAAGCCUAGGCUUUUUAGAAAGCCUCCAUCUGAGACUGGCUGUCAUCUUUUAUUUGCACUAUUUAACCAGGAUUUAACCAGAUGUAAAAUGCAAAUAUUGCGUUCUUAAUAGAUGUUUGUCUGAGAAUGUC